AUGUUAAGUGUUGCCGCAAGCGCGGCCGCGGGCCCGUCCCGUAUCCCGCCUGUCAAAAGGCGCCGCAUGACGGAGACAACGGCUUCACCCAUAUAUGGCCCACUAGCGGACGACCGACUACAACGCAACUUGGGAGAAGUGCUCCUCACCGAACAGAACUAUGAGUUCCGUCAGAAGUGGAAGACAAUGUUUGAGAUUGCAAUCACCAAGAAGUCGAGCAUGCCAAUCCAUCAGGCCAAGUAUUUGGCCGAGCAUGAAGAUGUCAGCGGCCAGGGUCAGACCAUCGCGCGAAUGAAGAAGAUCACACACCUACGAAACACAGUCCCGGAGUUCGUCGCCUACGACCAAGUGUACUUUGAUUACACGAGAAGCUACUGGUUGGUCGAGAUGUUCUCUUUGCGAUCCAAACUCGGUCGCCCGGUCGACAUCCCGCUCUUCGUUGGCCAGUGUCCAGUCCACGUCAGGGAGGCACCAGGAAUCCUUCCCCUUUCCAACCCCUAUAUAUACGUCCACGACCUCGACGUUCACCUCGACAGCCGAGCCGUUGCAAGCGAUCUGACAUGUCAGACCAUUGCAGAGGCGUUCCCUUGUUCGAUUGGAAUGCGAGUCCUUGUCUAUGGCGCCGUCGAGAUCCUGUACCGAAACGACAAGGCAAGGCGCAAGGAUAUGCGCAACAUCAAGUCGUGGCCCCGCGACAUUGGGAUCGACCACGCCUACACCCUCAAGGUCGUUGAGGUUGAGUUGACGGCAUCCCAGACGGCCUUCCCCUUCUCACAUGCCGGCUUUGGCCACCCAGGACCCCGAGGCGCAGUCCAGCCCAGCGUGCCUGUCGCUUCGGAAAUGUCGAAUCUGAAUCCGAAGGGUUGCGCUGGGCUCCGCAUCCGUCGCGAGGGCGACACGCAUGACAGCUGGACCACAGUCACGCACCCGUGGCUACAAGGGGCGGCACCAUUCAGCAUGGGCAAGCUGGAACGCAGCGUCCGGAUGUUUGGCGCCAACAUAGCCACGGUGGCGAAACGGACCAAGGGCUGGCUCAACAAGGACAGAGAAAGAUCGGCCAAGAGUCGCGGCCAGCAGCAAGUUAUACUAGGGACCGACAUAUACGUCGCGGGUGAGAAAACGAAGAUCGGCACCAUUAGCGCAUGUUAUGACAACCCCCUUAGCUUGGAGGUCGGGCUUCUCUUUCCCCUCGGCAUUGAACACGACCUGAGCCUCAUCACCGCGUCCGAGGGCGCGCUGCUGUCCCCCAUGACGCAGAUCCCCAAACACGCCCGCAUCGCCAAGACGUUCAUAACGCCGAAUGAGAUUUUGAACGCAGACAACGACAACCGCGAUUGGCGAGGAGGCCAUUUUGUGAUAGGUGCCGCCCGCAACGCCGUGGUGGCCGGGACGGAGUACUGGUGGGAGCAGCGCCACCUGAAGAUCAAGCGCGCCAUCAUUUGGCGGACCUUAAUCGACGACUGGUCCCUGCAAGGCGGCUCUGGCGGUGUCGUGUGUCUAGGAAAUCCGGCUGCAGAAACCUGCCGAGCGGCCGCGUUUCAGAAUUACCAGAGCGAAUCGAUGUUAACCAAUACGUUUUGGAAACAAGACGUCCGUCGGAAGCUGAAGGGCUUUCACCCGCAGUGCUCGUUCAAGGCUGGGUUCAUUCUGCCGGAGGAUGUCCAGAACGCAACCAUUGUGUUCGACGAGGACGUGGUGCCGCAGGAGCGGCGUUCGGUGUCGGGCCCGAGUGGUCCCGUUCAUCCUGACGGGCCAGUGAAGCCAGUGGUGGCUCGGAAGAAGGAGAACCGCACAGAUAAUUGA